UAGUAUAAUGUCCACUGCCACAAUAAUAUUCCAAAUAAUGCUGUCUUUCAACACAGCUCCUUAUACUCAAGCUCCCUCUAGUUCAUUGACUGAUCCAGCAAGACUCCUAAGCUUCAUUUUUGCCAUUCAACAAGUCAAUAGGAAAUCUCCGCUUCUGUACAAUCUCACGCUUGGCUACAACAUCCAUGACAACUAUUUCAACACCCUUGGCACUUCAGAUGCCUUGCUGGACAUGCUCUCAACUGGAGAAGCCAAUGUUCCCAACUACAGAUGUGGAAAGAAGGACAACCUGAUGGCUGUUCUUGAUGGAUCUUUUGAUGACAUCUCCAUUCAGAUGUCAACAUUAGUAGGUACCUACAAAGUCCCACAGAUCAGUUAUGGAAUUAUUUCAGAAGCUCUGAGUGAUAAAAGACAAAUGCCUUUUUUCCAUGAGAUGCUCCCCCAAAAUGGGAUCCA